AUGCUUGCGAGGGACAACUGGGUUUUUGCUUUAAUCAUUUUUAAUAUAAACUCCGCAUUACCACAUAAUGUAAUACAUUCUAUAAAAGACGGCAAAGGCAGCUCUCCUAUUGUACUGUUACUGAACAUAAAGCAACGAACGGGAACAAUUUAUGACUUGGAUCAAAAAGUUACAAGUAACAUUGAAGUGACUACGAAUGAUGUCGCAGAUGAGAGUGACAAUGGAGCCUACUUGUUAUAUCAUUUAUUGCGAACAACCCAAGAAAAUGAGGACCUGGAUGAGUCAACGAACAGGACCUUUGAGAAAACCAAGGACAUGCUGCGGGCCGCUCUCCGGUCUAGAUGCAAUAAAUUGGACCGUUGUGUCCGUCGUUGUGUAAAAAAGAGAUACACUUGCACUGUAACUUGUAGAGAAGAGAUUGACGUCUAUGACGUAUGCCGUCAGCCUGUAUGUGGUAAAUCCUGCUGGGGCAAGACCAUGCCACCAUCUUGGCUAAAGUAA